CGCGCUGGCAUUGCUUCUGGUGCAGUCGCAUUUUGGCACUUGAUAAAAACAUACCGUGGUACAUACUCAGCAAACGAUGCAGCUCUUUCGUAUAAUCUACUGCUUCACCCUGUGGCUUCUGUGCCUUCAUUUUGUAUUGGGUUCGUUAAGCAAGAAAGAGUCGUAUUGCGAAAAGACUCUUGAUUGUAAUGGACCGAAUACAUUGUGCAUCAAAAAUCGGUGCAUCUGCAUUAAGAGUCACAAAUGGGAUGAGGAUGGUAAUGAUUGCGACACAGAAUCAACCUCUGAGUCUCCAAUACAAAAUAGACCAGAACCUGACGUUGUCAAGGUACAUGUGCAGGACGACAAGAAAUUAUCAAUAUCCUUUUACAAAUCUGCAAGUUUCUUCGCAUCCUACACCUUCAUCAUAUCCUGUGUUAUAAUUAGUAUAUUCACGUGCUACGUAAAGAUCUUAGCCGUGCGCCGUUGGCAAAUGCGUUUACGUGAGAUCAGACACAUCAAUAAUUAUGUCUAAACAGAAAUAUGCAAACAAAAACUUCUAUUGAAACAAUUAUAUAAAAAAAUAUACUUAAUUUUUUCGGUGCAGCAUUUUCUUUAUAAUUAUUGUAUCUGUUGUCAAACACGCAUUCCGCUAUUCGUAAAAAUCUAAUUUCCAGGGCAGUCAAUAGCCCUUUGUAACA